UUUUAAUAUCCAAGUCUUUGGAAACUGAUCACCCUCCAACUUAACAACGACCUGUCUACAAGAUCAUACAAAUCAUGGCUAUUCGCUUUCCGAGGAUUGCUAAUGCCAAGCAAGUGCCACGACGAGCUGCCGAGGGUUCGGACGUUCCAAAAGGCUAUUUUGCUGUAUAUGUUGGAGAAGACCACAAGAAGAGAUUUGUUGUUCCCAUUUCCUAUUUGAAGAAUCCCUCGUUUCAAGAGUUGUUGUCUCAGGCAGAGGAGGAAUUUGGCUUCGACCAUCCUAUGGGUGGACUCACCAUUCCUUGCAGAGAAGAAGUCUUCAUUAGCCUAACUUGUAGUUUCUAGUCCGACAAGUGAUGUAAUUGAAACACUGACUGACCGUGUUACCCAAUUUUGAACAGACGAGUGUAUACUUCAGUAAUCUGUCUCCCGACCCAUGUAACGAAAAACCAUGUUUAUAUGGAAUCAAAUUUCUUCCA